AUGUCUCUCCCAGCAGCUGAAGUAGCAGCCGAUUUUCGGGACGCACUGCAAGACUUGAGGAUGAAUAGCAGGCCCGAAAUUAGCAAUCUAACCCUCAUCGCCAAAGAGAAUACAGAGUACGCUGAAGCUAUAUCCAAUGAGCUCCAGAAACAUAUCCAAUCGACUCGUCCUGAAUGGAAGCUUCCCGCUCUUUACGUGCUUGAUUCCAUUGUCAAGAAUGUCGGAACCCCAUAUACUGUUUACAUCGGUCGCAACCUGUACCGAACAUUCAUGGAUGCUUAUCUGGUCAUGGACCAGGCCACCCGCAAGAAUAUGGAAGGCCUGCUCAAGACGUGGAAGAUGCCUGUGCCCGAGUCUAUGGAUCCACGCCCAGUGUUCUCAGCCGACGUGACGCAAGAUAUCGAGAACGCACUGGCUAAGUUUCAUGCAGCUCAACAGCAGGUCCGACCGCAACAUGCGCUUCCGCCUCGUCCUCCAUCGCUCAACGUGGCUUGGAGAGGUACAUCAACGCCGCCGCAGAAUGGUCCCCGUUAUGCUGCCCCCAAUGACCCGCGUGCUCGACCGUCAUACCCAUCGACCCCUCAAUAUGGAACUACAGCACAUGCCCCUACACCCCCGGUGGCCUACGCGCAGCCUCAGCAGCCUCCUUCGCCCAUGUCGUCCAUUGAUUUGGCUGGACUAAAGGCGGAAGUCACUCAGCUAAUUAGCACUACACAGAACACAUUUGCUCAAAACCCAGCUGAUGCAGCCCUGCGUACGAAGCUUUCGGCACUCUUAUCUCUCAAGCAGAUUUUGGACACACAGACUCUACCGCCACAACAACUGGAAGCUGUACGUCAACAGAUUCGAGCCCUAGCACCUCCGCCCGCUCCAACGCCCUCGUUUGCACCGUCUACACCAGUAUAUCCUCCGCAGCAGACAGCGGCACCCGGUUACCCUGCUCAGUUUCCCGCCGUGACUGCUUCGCCAGUCAAUGUUCCACCAAAUGUGGCACAACUUCUUGCGGGCUUUAUACCACAGUCGACACCACAACCUGCCCCGACCCCGACCCCACCAGUUCUGAACCUAGCAGAAUUGUUGAAGCGUGUAUCAUCGCCUGCACAAUCGAGUUCUGUACCAGCUCCAGCUCCAUUCCAGCCACCGUUCCAAGCAUUCCCACCGCCUAUCUCUACCCCAGUACCCGCGCCCCAAUCCGCCCCUCCAGCACAGUCUGCCACACCAACCACCAACUUGGCUGCGUUGCUUGCACAAUUCAGCAAACCUGCUGCUGCGCCACCCUCAGUCCAGCCUACGCCUGUUCAAAGCACUCCUGUACCUCAACUUCCAUUGCAACCUGCGGCCCCCCCACCAGCCCUUGGCAGUGCUGAGUGGCUUCUCAAAGCCCUGAGCAGUGUAUCGGGUCCCACGCCUGUGAAUGGAGUACCUAAUCCACUUCAGCAAGGAACUGAACAAUCAGUAGCGCCGGUUGGUUUGUUGGACCAAAUCGAGCUCACUACCGCAUCGAUGAAGAAACCCCGUCUUCACCUUAUCUCCCAUCUGUACGAAGCCAAGCCCAACAUCUGCGCCACUUGUGGUCGUCGGUUCGAAAACACCGCUGAGGGAAAAGAGAAGAAAGCUCGUCACAUGGACUGGCACUUCAAGGUCAAGGACCCAGAUGCGGCCAAACGAGGUGUACAUCGCAGCUGGUAUAUUCCUGAGAAGGAAUGGAUUGAAUAUCGCGAACUUGACGAAACCGCCCCCAACCAGUCCAACCACCCCUCUUCUGGCAACAACGCGGCCAAGCCAAAGAAGCAGACCAAGGACCGGUAUGUCAGCGUUCCGCAGGAUGUGACACUUCAGCAAGCACCUUGCCCGAUCUGUCAAGAAAAGUUUGAGACACAAUGGAACGUGGAAGCGAAUGAUUUCGUAUGGAUGGACGCCCUGAGUGUGGGCGGGAAAGUGUAUCAUGCUACAUGUUUUGAAGAGUACAGCAAGGGAAUUGGUAUUGAGAUGCCUGGCACGCCAGACUCGGUGCUUGGAAAAAGGAAGGCCGAUCUUGGAACGAAUGGAGAGGGCAAGAAAGUCAAAGCCUAUUAG